AUGGCUGCUUCUGAACCAUUCUGGUUGAGUUCCACAACCCCACCGCGUCUCCUCCUCCUCCUUUUCCUGACUUUCCUCUUCCCUCCCUCAACCCUCUCUGCACGCCACCUCUUUCCCCAAGCACCCGGCGAGGUUGUUCCGCAAGUCGCCACCACCCUUCCGCAAGCCAACACCACCCUUCCGCAAGCCGGCGCCGCCCUUGCGCAAGCCGACACCACACGUUCGCAAGCCGGCGCCACCAAGAUUCUCCCCCAAGCAACCGAGGUGGACGCCGUGCGGAGGUUCCUCCUAGCGGCGGGCGUCACCAAUCCCGUUCCGGGCGCUCCAGCGAGCGCGUGCGGCGUCGCCGGCAUCGGCUGCGACGCCAACGAAUUCGUCACGUCGCUCAACUUCUCCCCGUGCUCCGCCUACCCGAAUCUCCUCACCGGCUCCAUUUCGACCGACAUCAAGAGUCUCGUGCAUCUCAUUCAUGUCGACUUUUCGUGCAGCGACCUGGGAGGGUCCCUGCCGACGGUUCUCGGGCUGCUGACGAAUCUGCGGCGGGUGAACAUGAGCGGAAAUCGACAACUUUGGGGGAGCAUUCCUGCAUCGAUUUUUGCGCUGAAGUCGCUUUCGGUGAUGGAUUUUCGCGGAGCAGAUUUGUACGGUGCUCUUCCGACCAGUUCGGUAGCGUUUUCAACGGCGCUUAGGCACCCGGACCUAUCAUACAACCGGCUCUACAAUCCGAUUCCAUCGUCGAUUUCUCGUUCGUUCCGUCUGCAGCGGCUGGAUUUAAGCUUCAACAAUCUCAACGGCUACAUACCGAAGCAACUGAGUAACCUCAACCGGCUCACCUAUCUUAGUCUGAGGUGGAACAAGCUCGUCGGAAGUGUUCCGACAGAAAUAUCUGGAGCGAGGCUGUUGGAAAGACUGCACUUGGAGGGAAAUAGGCUGACGGGAAUGCUUCCCCCUCAAUUGAACCAGCUUUCGUACCUGGAGCACCUAGGGCUGAGUUAUAACUACUUGUCUGGUGUUGUCCACCCUGCGAUUUUUCGCAUGUCUGCUCUGCGAAGGUUGGAUCUUCGUCGCAACUCUUUCAACGGGACGAUCCCGAAGUGGAGAUCUGGUUACCAGAUGAACUCACUCGAGCAUCUUGACCUCGCGAAGAAUCGUUUCAAUGGAACCCUACCUCCUGGGCUUGAUGGUGUUGUGAAGCUCACCCAUCUCGAUUUGAGCGAAAACAAGUUUUACGGCCCAAUUCCGUCACGGUUGGGCAGAUUGACGGGCCUCCAGUUCCUGAAUCUCGAACGGAACCAGCUGACCGGAAAACUUCCUGGGUAUUUCAGUCGCCUUCGCAACCUUCGCUCACUUUCCGUCGCACACAACAAUCUGACUAGAGUGCGUCCGAGCUUCCAGCUCAACGGAUACGAGUCGCCGCGAGAUGUUCUGGAUCUGAGUUACAACCACAUAGGUGGAAGUCUGGCUCGAUUCUCGCAUCUGGCGAGGGUUGCGAAUCUCGACCUUUCGCACAACCGACUGACUGGGAGCAUGCCUGUCCGGUUUCUGACUGGAUCGACGGUUCUCAAGCGAGUCAACAUCGGUUCGAACUACAUCCAAGGAACCCUAGAUCCGCCUGACCAAUCUCGCUUCUCUGGAUGCGUCGCACAACACAUUGCGCGGGUCGAUUCCGUCGGGGCUGGUAUCGCUUGCUCAUCUUUCGCACCUCAAUGUGCACGACAAUGA